ACAACUAACAUGGCGCACGAUGUUGUUCAGAGUUCGGUGUGCAGCACUCACUCAUGGAUGUUAUUCGACUUGUUCACAUUAUUUCUUGUUAGUUAUAUCACAUCACAGUUAUUUAUGCCAUGGUCACACUCUCUCAGGUACUUCUUCACAGCUGUCGCAGCAGUUGUAUUAGUUGUAGUCGUAGUUGUCAGUCUUCGGAUACCACAGUUGCCGCGGUCUGCCACAGAUCCCGUACUGGAGCCGAACAGAGUGUUGGUGAUCGCACAUAGAGGGGGUGGUCACGACGCCCCUGAGAACACCAUUGCUGCCAUCAGGGAGGCGAAAAAGAACGGUGCUGAUGGAGUGGAACUUGAUCUUGAAUUUACUAAAGAUGGCGUUCCAAUUUUACUGCAUGAUUCUACAGUGGAUCGCACUACCAACGGAAGCGGAAACAUAAACUCAUUUACAUUUGAAGAAGUUAGAAAGCUAGAUGCAUCAUAUGGUCACAGAUUGAGUGCCACGCUUGGCAAUGAACAAAUCCCAACUCUUGAAGAAGCCACGGUGGAAUGCUUAAAACUAGGACUGAAGAUAUUCUUUGAUGUAAAAGGCAACGCAAAACAGGCUGCAGAAGCUUUAACCAAAUUGUACAAAAAACACGAGGAACUUUACAAGACAGCAGCAGUCUGUUCAUUUUAUCCAACUGUUAUUUACAGGACGAGACUCAUCGAUCCCAAUAUAGUAACCGCUCUUACGCAUCGUACUGGUGAUUUAACAUAUGACAUAACAGGGCAGCCACGAGACUUACCGUUGUGGCAAUCGAUGGUUGCACCCUUUGCCGACGUAAUAACUUACUGGGCACAUCAUUCAUGGCUUUGGUAUUUCUGUGGAAACUCUGCAUUUUUGCUGAUGAGAGCAGAAGUUUCUCUACAAGUCAAAGCUUAUUGGGAAGCCAGAAAUAUUGCCCUUAUUGCAUGGACAGUGAACGAUGAGAUUGAAAAGCAGUACUAUGAAAAUCACUUGCGCACUGAUUACAUAACCGACUGUUUAGCUACUGAUUGUGGUACAAGUAAAUAUAAAUAA